UCUUCACUGAUUGACUGCGACAAACCACGCAAAGAAGUUGCUUAAGCGUCUGUGUUGUUUUCCUUUAGUCUGAAUUAGCUCACGUACCGGUGACGUUCAUUUCACUCCUCAACGAGGAACAUGAUUAAGGGGGAACACCCUAUCGAAUACAUUUAAUCAGCUAAUCAGGCACAACACGGCGACCUGUCUGAUUCUGUAGCGUUGCUACUAACAAAAACGAGUUGGCAACAUUAUUUACUAGCUAAUGGGGUUAGCUACACAAAGCCCCAUUUAGCGCUCGCAGUUCAGCCGUUCCGCUUGAGUUUACAUCAGACGUGUGUCUUCUAUUACCAAGUUAAAUCUUAUUUGGUUUAAAAAGGAUGAAUUGGCUUUUCCCCAUCUCAAAGGGUUCAGUACCUCACACUCCACUCAACAGUCUGCAACAACAAAGACAGCGACAGAUUGAGUCUCUGAAAGCUGCUCAUCCCAGCAUUGCAGAAAUCCAGAAAGAUGUGGAAUACAGGAUUCCGUUUACAGUCAACAACUCCACCAUCACUGUUAACAUUCUUCUGCCACCUCAAUUCCCUCAGGAGAAGCCAGUGGUUAGCAUCUACCCUCCUGUUGGUCACCAUCUUGUCGACAGCAAUAAUGGCACUUUGAUCACAAGUCCCCUCAUCACUAAUUUUGGCAUGCAUUCAGACCUGGGUAAGGUAAUUCAAAGUCUGCUGGAUGAGUUCUGGAAGAGCCCUCCCGCCCUGAUGUCCACUGGGCCGUCUGGCUUUCCAUACAGUAUGUACAAGCCAUCCAGUAUUCCUCCUUACCCGACUCAGGGUUACCACUUUGGUUCUCGACAUGUUGGGCAAAGUCAGACACCACCUCUAGCGCCGGCUCCCUCUGGAGUUGGACCGGUGCUUCAUCCUGCAGUUGAUGCUGUCCAUGGAUCCCCUCGAGGUCCAACACCUUAUGGUCUCAUUACUGACCUGCCAUUGCCCGUACCCGUUGGAGACGUACAGGCUGGCCUGAAUGGACAUAUGUAUAAGAUGCCUGAGAUUCCAGAGUCUUUUCCUGAACUCUCUGACUUGAAUCCAACUCAACUAUCCGACAUGUCAGAAAAUGAGGAUGUUUUACUGAGAUUCUUCAUGACGCUGCCACAGCUCCAACAAGUCACAAGUGAUAAAGAGGAACUGGUCACUAACAUUGUGGAUAUGGCAAAAAGAAAUCUGCAGAUGGAGCCACAGCUGGAAGAGAAAAGACAAGAAAUUAUCUACAAGUUUGAACAGUUGACUCAACUGAAGUUUGCCUUUGAGGCAAAGAUGCAGAGACAACAUGAUCUGAGUGAGAGCUGUAGUCUGAGUUCUCUUCAGGCUCGGUUAAAGGUUGCAGCUCAUCAAGCUGAGGAGGACUCUGAAGCGACCGCUGAAAACUUUUUAGAGGGACGCACCGACAUCGACGAAUUCCUGACCGGCUUCAUGGAAAAGAGAACGCUUUGCCACAGCAGAAGGGCGAAAGAAGAGAAGUUGCAACAGUCCAUCCACACACAUGAACAGUUUUCUACCACCCACUAGAACACAAGGUUUAGCGUUCUCUCAGUCAAUUGCUGCCAACCAAAACUAUGAAGACACAAGAUGAGCACCCUAAGUCUACAUUGGGCACAUUUAAAUCCAGCAAGCCCAGAAGGCCUUUUUUUCUGACAUCUCAGCUCUAAAACUAAAGUCUGACAACAUGAGAGGAGCACACAGACUUGGAGAUCAUCACAGAAGCAGGAGUGGUACAUGCUUUGAGGUCUCUUGACAAAUUAUUGAAGUUGAAUCGUGUUUUGAGUUCUUGUGAUUGCACAUACUGUAGGGUGCUUGAUUAGUGGUGAGUGGUUGAAUGCUUUUGGAAGAAAGUGCAAAAUAUCAUUUGACAGUAUUACCGGGGAUAUUCGCUUUUACUUGUUUUCAAUGAAGCAAAAA